GAGGUAUACGUAGCCGCGCACGGCGCGAUGACACGGAGAAAGUCUAGAGCCUGUUUGGGUUUGAGUUUUAAAGCGUUUGGAAACUCUAUGAAAAAAAAGAAAGUAUUGCUUGACUGGCUGUAUGGAUCAGAUAUAGUUGUAUUCACAUUUAUACGUGGCCUUUAAAAUUCACAACUUAAUAUGGAUUUCAAUGUCAAAAGAUUAGCUGCGGACGCAGGCACUUUUCUCAGCCGUGCUGUUCAAUUCACAGAGGAGAAGCUGGGCCAAGCAGAGCGGACGGAGCUGGACGGGCACCUGGAGAACCUGCUAAUGAGAGCUGAGAGCACCAAGCUGUGGACUGAGAGAGUCCUGAAGCAGACGGAGGUGCUGCUGCAGCCAAACCCCAAUGUGAGAAUAGAGGAGUUCCUGUAUGAGAAGCUGGAGAAGAAGGCUCCCACACGCAUGAACAACCAUGAGCUGCUGGGACACACCAUGAUCGAGGCUGGGAACGAGUUUGGUCCCGGCACAGCCUAUGGAAACGCCCUCAUCAAAUGUGGUGAGACGGAAAAGCAGAUUGGAGGAGCUGAGAGGGAGUUCAUCCAGUCCUCUGCCAUCAACUUCCUGACACCCUUCAGGAACUUCCUGGAGGGAGAUUUCAAAACCAUCUUGAAGGAACGCAAGCUGCUGCAGGUGAAGCGUCUGGAUCUGGACGCUGCCAAGACCCGGCUGAAGAAGGCCAGAGUAGCAGAUGCCAGAGCAGUGGCGGAGCAGGAUCUCAGGAUGACCCAGAGUGAGUUUGACAGACAAGCUGAGAUCACCAGGCUUCUACUGGAGGGAGUCAGCAGCACCCAUGCCCACCACCUGCGGUGUCUGGAUGACUUUGUGGAGGCUCAGACAACCUACUAUGCCCAGUGUUACCAGUAUAUGGUGGACCUCCAGAAACAACUGGGGAGCUUCCCCUCCACCUUCUCCAACAACAACCAGUCUUCCGGCUGCUCUGGCGCCAGCAUCUCUGUGCCGACCAUUCCAGUGUCGUCGUCCGUGCCCAGCCCGGGACAGGUGCGCGGUGAAAUCAACGAGCUGAAGUCUGGCAGUCGCAAGGCUCGCGUACUGUACGACUAUGACGCUGCUGGCAGCAGUGAGCUGUCCCUCCUGGCUGAUGAGGUCAUAAUGGUGACUGUCGUCCCAGGCAUGGACUCUGAUUGGCUGAUGGGUGAGCGGGGGAGCCAGAAGGGGCGGGUACCCAUCACCUACCUGGAGCUACUCAACUGAAACCACCGCUGCCCCGCCCCCUACGAAACACCACCCGCUCCAAACUACCACUCCCUCCAAAACACCGCCCCACCCACCUACGAAAUACCACCCGCUCCGAAUAUUUAUACUCAUAUUUAUAUUUUGUGGCAGGGUCACAUGCACACUUCCAUUCUGUCAAAUUGACCUAAUUCAGGAGCAUGAACCCUGAAGCUGUCAGGGUUAGGGUCAUGUCCUGUCAGGGUUAGGGUCAUGUCCUGUCAGGGUUAGGGUUAUGUCCUGUUAGGGUUAGGGUUAUGUCCUGUUAGGGUUAGGGUCGUGUCCUGUUAGGGUUAGGGUUAUGUCCUGUCAGGGUUAGGGUCAUGUCCUGUUAGGGUUAGGGUCAUGUCCUGUUUGAGGUCAGUCUCUUCUUGAAGGACCGAGACAUCACACGUGGUCCUCAGUAGAUUUCAGUUAACCAGCAGAAUGUGAAUGGAAGUGUGAUGGGCUCGUUGCUUGCUAUUUGUUAGUGUUUAUACAAGCCGCUUCUCUGCUUCUCCUACAAUACAUGGCAAAAAUCUUCCAGAACCUUCCUACAUGUUCCUCUUGUUUACAGCCCUCCUGACUCUGGUGGCCUUCAAAGCUCUUGUGUCACUUCUUUAUUCACUAUUAGUCCAGUUUGAUAUCUGGGUGAACUGCUACACACUUGUUUUAAUACUUGCAUCAAAAAGCACUUUUUGAAUAGAAAGACAGAUCUGAACAUUUCUUUUGAAAAGUCUUAGAGUGUUAUUUUAUAGUUGUCUUUGUUCUGAUGUAAGUGCCAUGUUUGUUUGGUCAUUGGGUAUGUCCCGGUCCUGUUCUCAGAGGGAGGCUUGACCAGGAGCAGGUCCUCUUGGCCCUGAGCGUUUCUCCUCAGGGAAGACCCCAGUGAUUAAAUCAUGUCUUACCCUUACCACUGUGUGCCUAACCUGUAGUUGCCAGAAGCCACAGGAAGUACUUUCAACAAGAGAAGCAUUUUAAACCGGAAAACUAUAUUGAAACCCUAAUCUAUAUUUUUAUUUGGAGGAUUAUGGACCAGUACUAGUAAACAAAUAUUUUGACUCAAUAGACUUUAUGAAGUGGAAGGGGGUUCUGGUUAGGGCUGGAUGAUGCAGCAGCUGUUGUAAUACACUAGGCCUGUUGUCACUCCUCAAACUGCAAGGAUGUUUGUCUAAGUUAUCAUCUCCUACUAAAAAUGUGCCUCUCAUUUCCUCAGCCUCAAACGUACACAAUCAUUGUGUCGUUUCUUCUGGAAGUUGUAGUACAUAAUGGCUAAUUGCUGUUCAUUGUUUUGUUUAUCUAUGCAACAACGUAUUAAAGGAAGAAAACCUGUA